AUGAUCAAAGCAUGCGGACAGAUGGCUCUCCGAACAGUAAUGGCGUCUCUAGUAAUUCUUGAGAUGAUGCUUAACGGUGUGUCGGGACAGUUUGCACCCUUUCCCGGAGGAUUCCAAGACCCUUGGGGACCUCAGUCAUUUCGUCGACAGUUUCCUUCCCCAGAAUCUAACAGAAUGCAGCCCCUCACUGCACGGAGGUUCUCCUCUAGGAACCCACCCUCCAGGCAGCCCGACAGCUGGGGACAGCCAUGGCGACAGCCGCGUCCACCUUUCUUUGACCAAAACGCCCGGCAGAUGGCGCGACGAAAUAGCGUUAGUGUAAUUAACCCCGCACCAAAUCAAGCUUCCGGAAUCGACACUAUAGCCUCGCUUCUGUUAAACAGUACCUCCCAGACAGGACCUGGACUUUCACCACAACAAAUUCUGAGUCAAGUCCAGAGUUUGAAUUCUCCCGGGGACUCUUCGAAUGGCUUAUCACAAAUAUUGAAUUUUGGUAAAAGUUUACUGGAAGGAGCAUUCAAUACUAGAAAAUCAGUUAAGAAAGAGUCUCCAAUUCCGCCAUCUGACGUCACAACAAAGGAAAUAAAAACCCAAACAGAAAAAAUCAAUGAUAAUGUUCAAGUUCCCAAAAAUAUAAAAAAUACAAAUGAAAAACAACAGAAGGAUAUUGGAAGUGUAAAAGAUAAAGUUCCAAACAAUGUUGUCGUACAGGAAGAAAUAAGUGGACCAAUAAGCCCAAGCGACGUAAAGCAAGUAAAUGAAGCCGUUAAUCCAAUAGAUAAUCGACCGACGGAUUUUAUAAAUCCGGUUGAUCCCGUCAACGUAAACCUGGAAGAUCGACCUACAAACCCUAUUGACAUUCGCCCUAUAGACGGGUCAGAAUUAGUCGGGUUGGAAGUUCUUCCAUCAGACGCGAUAAGUCCUGGGCGUCAGAUCAACGAUAGACCAAUCAUUCAUCCAGAGGAUGGUAUCCACAGAAUAAACCCAAUAACUGGACUUCCGGAAUUUUCUAAUGCCAGGCCUGUUACUGGCGUGUCUCCAGGAGACGUUGUGGACCGCAGGCGGGGUCAUCUUCACACUGAUGGAACUUUUCACGACUUUCCCGCAACACUGCACGGUAACGACACACAUGACAUUAUAUCUGUACUUGACCCUGUGACAGGAGAGACAGCUGUUUUUCCCGCCAUCGACUUCAACGCUGACAAAAGCCAGAAAGAUUGGAAUCCAGCUGAGAACCGCGCCGCGUGGUUGAGGGAGCGAAAGAGAAUGAGAAGGUUGAGGAAGCAGAACCAACGACUGCGAGAACUGUUGAGACAACACAUGAAUGAGGUUCAUCCAAGUGAACUGGUGCCUGUAAACGAAAACGGACUGAAGCCUGGUGACGUCAUUCCCGUUAUACCCGUUGUACCUGAUUAUAUACCAUCUGCUACACCUUCUCCAAACUUAGUAUUUCCGAACGAUCCUGGAGUUAAUUCUGGAAAUCCUGUACCCGAGCCCGAACCUAUCUUACCGGGUAACCCUCUAGGUCCUCAAGGACCACAGCCUGGUGACGCCAUUCCUGUCGGUGACGUCAUACCCGAACCCGAGGUUCCAGGAUACAUACCAGCUGCCACUCCGUCCCCAGUCAUUAAGGUGCCGGGUGAGAAAAAAAUACCGCCUGUUACGGGCGGUAAGAAACCUUUACAACCAGGUGACUUUUUCCCAGUGGAUGACGUCAUUCCAACACUUCCGGGAUACAUUCCCUCUGCCACGCCAUCUCCCGUGCUUGUUGUUCCUAAAGAUAUUGAAUCUACGUACCCAGGUGUCAUUAAUCCGCCAGUAAAUCCAAAGGACGUCCUGCCGGUGAAACCGAAAGUUCCGGACACGUUUAUUUUGCCCGCUACACCCGCGCCAGUUAUUAAAGUCCCACCAACCACAAAACGUCCCCAGCCACCUCCUCCCCCACCCCCUCCACGCCGACCCCCACCACCCCCUCCAAAAAAGAACAAUAACUUGUUGAAGAACCUAGGUAUUGGAUUUGCUUUAGGCAGUCUGUUCUUUGGAAAAUAA